CGAAAGCAUCAAUGAAUUGGUUACUAAUUGAACCAAAACAUAUACCUGACAAUAAUAUGCCUAUAAGUUCAAAUAUGGUCAUUUGGAUAACAAGCCAAAUUCAGUAAGUACAAAUUAGCCUUUCAUAUUAGAAUUCUAGGGUCAGUCUGCGGAGUUUGAUGAAACAAUAAGCAUAAAAUAUGUUAGGACUACAAAUAAGUUGAAUUAUUUCACAAGUGUGAUUCAUGGGUUAAUUCAAGAAAGACGUUUGAUCUUCAACAACUUAAUUUUAGGAUCUAGUCGAGAUAAAAGUAUGUCAUGCUCACUCGCAAGUCAGCUCUACUCAAUGAGCUGCCCCAAUAACUCGAGUUGUUGGGAGAAGGUUCUGCUGGAUCUUAUACCACACUCUAACACGCCCCCUCAAACGAAAGCCAACUCAUGGGCUUGAAAUUUGCACAGGCCCACCAUACCUUGUGCUUUAAUCAACUAUUAAUAUUGGGGGUCGUGGAGAUUUGAACACACGACCACUUGGCCAAACCAGCUCUGAUACCAUGUCAUAAACCAGUUGAUCCCAAUAACUCGAAUUGUUAGAAGAAGGUUAUGUGGAUCUUAUACCACACUCUAACACGACAAACUGAAAGUCUUAUAGAACAAGGGAUUGACCCCAGAAGGCAAGCCAAAGUACAGUAUAUACCCGUAGCCCCUCUCCAUAUAUAAUUCGAACCCUUUUUUUCCCAUGCACAGUCCUUUCUUUCUUUGUUAGCUUUUUCCCAAUUUCCUCUCUUCUAUUCUCUACGGGCCCGCCGGCUACUUGCUUCGCCUCCGGGUCCCGUCCAAGUUGAUGAGAUUGAGAGCAACACUAACACCCACUCUAUAUAUAUAUUCAUCAUCCUCUUUACCCUUCAAUUCCUUUUUUCUCACCCAUCUCGUCACUCACUCACUCACUCUCUCUUUCUCCCUUUUUCAGGGCGUCCCCUUCAAUUCUGCUUCUCCUUCUUCUUCUUCUUCGUCGCAGCUUUUCUCUUCCAUUAUUAGCUUCUUCUUCUUCUUCUCACUUGACACAUCAACUCAUGUAGAUUGAAAGAUAGAUAGUACUAUAUAGCUACAAUCAAGCUAGCAUUGAUUAGUUCGGUACCUGGUUUAAGAUUCCAUCAUCAUGCGAGAAUCAGCCGCAGCAGCAGGAGGAGGAGGGGAUCCGGUGAAUCUAUCGGUCAACGGGCAGUCGCAGGUGCCACCUGGAUUCAGAUUCCAUCCCACCGAGGAAGAGCUCCUCCACUACUACCUCCGCAAGAAGGUCGCCUCCGACAGGAUCGACCUCGACGUCAUCCGCGAGGUCGAUCUCAACAAGCUCGAGCCCUGGGACAUCCAAGAGAGGUGCAAGAUAGGGUCGACGCCGCAGAACGACUGGUACUUCUUCAGCCACAAGGACAAGAAGUACCCGACGGGGACCCGGACCAACCGGGCCACGGCGGCCGGGUUCUGGAAGGCUACGGGGAGGGACAAGAUCAUAUACAGCAGCUACAAGAGGAUCGGGUUGAGGAAGACGCUGGUUUUCUACAAGGGUCGGGCCCCUCACGGCCAGAAGUCCGACUGGAUCAUGCACGAGUACCGCCUCGACGACGCCGCUUCUCCAGACACCACCACCUCCUUCAUCACCGCCUCUUCACCGGGAUUGAAUCACGGUGGUGGUAACUACAUAAUCGGAGGAGGAGAUCAAGGAGGCUCGGAAGAAGGUUGGGUGGUCUGCCGCGUAUUCAGGAAGAAGAACUACCAAAAAAGCCUAGAGAGCCCCAGAUCCGGUUCCUCCUCCUCCGCCAACAACAUCCUUCACCACCACGCAUCACACAUCAUCAUGACGCCACCACCCGCCACCCGCCUCCGCACCAGCGGCGGCGGCGACGACGACAACGGAGUCCUCGACCAAAUACUCACCUACAUGAGCAAGCAGCAGCAGCCCGACUGCAAGGCCGAGAACUACGACAGCGGCAGCAGGUUCAUGCAUCUGCCGCGGCUGGUGGCCGAUUACGAAAACCAACAACAACACUACCACCAGCAAUCAUUUGGGGGCGUGACAACGGGGAAUAAUAUUAUCAUUAUUAAUAAUGAAGCUUCCUGCACCAACCACGGCACCGGCUUUGAUGCGACAGCAGGUUCGGGUCACGACAACAAACAUGGAGGGGUGAUGAUGAUGUCGUCGCAGCAGGUGGUAAAUGACUGGGCUGCCCUCGACCGUCUCGUGGCAUCCCAGCUCAACGGCCACCUCCACGACGAGGUUGACCUGCUCAACGACGACGGCGACUUCAUCGACGGUGGCGACGACGACGGUGGUCGUCGUAUUGGUCAUCAUCAUGGUGUUGGUAGUGGCAUGCAUGUGGAUCUCUGGAGUAAUUUCGUCAAGGGCGGCGCGUCUUCUCCGUCGUCAUCAUCAGACCCAUUAUGCCACUUGUCGGUUUGAUAUACGUAAUCAUGGCUACUACUCUAUUACACGUAACAUGCAUAUGUAUAUAUACAACAACCAAAAAAAACAAAAAUCUAAACCCAAAACUUUUCGUUACAGUUUACAAUACCACGAGAGACAAGGGCAGGCAGGAGAGGUAAAAACAAGGACAAAACAAAAAUAGGUAAUAAUUAGGGUUGUGUAGUUAAGUCGUCGAGGUGCUUAAUUGCUGUUUUUUUUUUUUUUGGUUGUUUAGGUGCUAUUAUAGGAUUGAGUAUACGAUGUAUUAUGUAUACACGUGUAUGUAUAGGAUUGGAUGACAGUGGUGUAGCAGCUGCAUGCAUGUAUUUUCAUAGAUAAUAAUAAAGAAACGGAAUCGGGUGAUGGAAAAUGAAAUAUGGUGCGGCAUUUUCUUUUAACUAUCGCUUUAUGGGAAAUGGACGUCCUAUCUUGUUUUCUUAUUUGUCAACGAGGUACUCGUUCUCUUAUUUUUUUUAAAAAGGGUCGACGUACCUGCUGCUUGUUUAUCUAUUCCACAAAAUCCCACCGUGGAUCUAGAUGUGUGAGUAGGGUUAAUAUAUUUGUAUACUCGAACUUUUCACAGAUUAAAUAUUUUGAUUAAUUUUUUCGAUUUAUAACAUCGUGGCCUCAAUUUUGCAUCAAAAUUAUGAAAUUGGCCAAAACUAAUGGUCAACGCGCCAUGUCACUGCCAAGUCAGCACAAAUAUCUUAAUUUUUUUUGUUUUUUCCACCUAUUACCAUUUAUCUAUUUUAUUUUGAACAAAAAAAAGGACAACAUUUUUUUAUUUUGAAAAAGAUAAAUGGUAAUAGGUGAAAAAACCAAUUAUUUAAGUGGAUUGUGCUGACUUGGCAGUGAUGUGGCGUGUUGACCGUUAGUCAACGCGUUUGACAGUCAAGAUAACAGUCAAAUCUCAGGUUUGACCAAUUUCAUAUCUUUAAUGCAUAGUUCAGACCACAAUAUAUAGAUUGAAAAAAUUGAUCAAAAUGUUUAAUUUGUAAAAAAUUCGGACCAUAAGAAUAUAUUAACCCUAUUUUCUUAUCUUGCCGGUCGGAGAUAAUUGGACUAUGGAGUCGGCCGCCGGAGAUAAUUGGACUAGUUACCUAUUUUCUUAUCUUGCCGGUCGGUGAGGAGUUUAUCACAUGCACGGAUGCAACCUUUGGUGUCUAUAUUUGCAUAAAGGAACUAAUUAGGACACAUCCAGAGCCCUAGAAUGGAAGGGGAAAAGAUAAGUAAGUGGUUUUGUCUCGUUUAUCACAAAUUACAUUUUGGUAGGGUCGGUCGUGAAACGUUUUAACUCCGUUAUGGAAAUAAAAUGUGGCCUAGCUAGACUUCCUUUUAAAUAUAAAUUUAGCAAAAUCGAAAUCAAAAUACAAAAUGAUGAUAUGAAUAUUUAACCAGACUAAUUUUAUAGAGGACCAGUAGCUAGCUGGGGUGUCCAGCCCUAACCCCUUGUCUUGUUAAAACGCAGAUCAUCAUCAACCUCAAAUUUUGCAUAAGAUUGAGAAAAUCCGUUAUCAAAAUACUUUCCAAUUUUUCAAGAAUCCAACUUUUAGAGUUGUAUGAUCGAACAUCAAUUUUUAAAACAGAACAACACUUCUAAGAAUCGGACUAGUAAUGGCAAUGGGGCAGGGCAUGUACCUCAAUUCCCAUGCCCGCCCCGCCCCACGCUAUUACGGGUCGGGGGGUAAAAUCCGCGCAGGUACGGAGCGGGCGGGCCGACCUACACUUGUAUAUAUGUUAGUUGAAAAAAAUACAUACAAAUUUUACUUUUAAUGAUAAAACAAAGGGGGGAAAUAAUUGAAAAUAGUGAUAAUAGAAUGGAUAAUUGAGUCUAACAAAUUAAAAAUUCGACU